AUCUCCAAAUCUCUCAUCACUUCCAUACCGCCUUGAUCCAAGCAACUAAGCCACUAGCUAGCUAUAGGAAGGAGCACGCAACAGACAGUCUUCACUGAGCAAGAAGAUACCAAUUCAUGGCGAACCUUCGGUUAGCCUUACUCGCCGCCGCCGCGCUCCUCCUCUCGCCGGCGUUUGCCGCAGCCCAGCUGAGGACGGAUUACUAUGCCACCAUCUGCCCCAACCUGGAGGCCAUUGUCCGGGGCUCAGUGAAGUACUCCAUGGGCCAGUCCCCCAUCUCCGCUCCCGCCGCGCUCAGGCUCUUCUUCCACGACUGCGCCGUCAGGGGCUGCGACGCGUCGAUCAUGAUCGUGAACUCGAACGGCGACGACGAGUGGCGGCACCCCGACGACCAGUCGCUGAAGCAGGAGGGGUUCCAGACGAUCCUGGACGCCAAGGCCGCCGUCGACAGCGACCCGCAGUGCCGUCACAAGGUGUCCUGCGCCGACAUACUCGCCCUCGCCGCACGGGAAUCCGUCAGCCAGAGCGGAGGGCCGAGCUACCCAGUGGAGCUAGGCAGGUACGACGGGAAAAUCUCCACGAAGAACAGCGUCGUGCUGCCGCACGCCGACUUCAACCUCGACCAGCUCAACGGCUUCUUCUCCGGAUUGGGCCUCUCCCAGACCGACAUGAUCGCUCUAUCAGGCGGGCACACGAUGGGCGCGGCGGACUGCAGCUUCUUCCAGUACAGGAUCGGCACGGACCCGAGCAUGGACCCAAACUUCGCGGCGCAGCUGGGCGGCACCUGCGUCAACAGCCAGAGCUUCGCGUUCCUGGACGGGUCCACGCCGGUCAAGUUCGACAACGCCUACUACAAGAACCUGCAGGCCGGCAGGGGCCUGCUGGGCUCUGACCAGGUGCUGCACGCCGACGUCAGGUCCAGGGGCACCGUCGACUACUACGCCUACGACCAGGGCACCUUCUUCUACGACUUCGCCAACGCCAUGACCAGGCUCGGCAGGGUCGGGGUCAAGACGGCCGCCGACGGCGAGAUUCGCCGCGACUGCAGGUUCCCCAACUAGUUCAGCUCGCCCUAUAUAUAUGGACCGGCCGGGGCGCGCUGGCGGGGCACAUGUUGAUAGGUCUACUUAAUUAUUGCAUGCUCCCACUGUUGCUAGCCCAUGGCGUCAUGGCGACUGUAACUCUGUAAUAGUAAUAAGCUCGAUCAUGCAUAUGCUUGCAUAUUGCUCUGAUUCAUGCAUGGCCGAGAAUAACAUGCAGAUCUGUUGUACAAGUACUUGCGUGGCAAAUAUGAGCCCGGUUCCAGCAGAAAAGAGUAAAUUAUCCUGU